UUCAAUAAUAUUUAUUCAAAAGAAAAAUAGUCGUGUCUAUGCUUUCGUCUGGAAUACAUUUGGUUCCAUUUUUGAAGUCAAAAUGAGAGUUUCUAAAGGAAUUGAAAUCGAAAAAUCACCUCAUCGCUUGGAGGAUGCUUACGCCGAGAUUUUCACUCAAGCUGCGCUGAAUUUCCUUCGCGAAAUGCACAGAAAGUUUGAUGAUGAAGUAGAAAAGCUCAUAAGAAGGAGAGACGAACGGCGGCUGUGUAUCAGGCAAGGGAAGUGGAAACCGGAAUUCAAAAACAGCAGCAGCGAAGAACUUGACUGGAAAAUUGACGAUUUACCGGUAAAACUGAGAACUAGAAAGUUGGAUAUUGGUGAUGUUAGUCCUGCCAAUACCACUAACUUCGCGGAUAGCUUGUACGCCAAGGUCCAAGGAAUACAAGUGGACUUUGACGAUGGCCAUUGUCCAACUUGGCGGAAUACAGUACAAGGUUUAUGCAACGUGACCAGAGCGGUUCACUCGUGCUUGCCUGGAGCCCCAACUGAUAUUCGAGAGUGCCCCGUUUUAAUGCUGAGACCAAGAGCAUUUAAUAUGAUUGAACAUCAUUGUAUUAUCGAUGGAAAGGAAGUAGCCGGACCGCUAUUCGAUUACGCUUUAUUAGUUUAUCACAAUGCAAAAAUGAUGGCUGAUUUAGAAAUAGGACCAUAUUUUUAUCUCUCGAAGAUCGAAGGUCCCAACGAAACUCAACUGUGGAAUAAAAUAUUCACUUGGACUGAGCAUCGGCUUGGCAUACGAAAUGGAACCAUCAAGGCCUGUGUUCUGAUAGAGAAUAUUCUAGCUUCAUAUCGCAUGGAGGACAUUCUUUUUUCCAUCAAAGAACACGCAAUAGGAUUGAACUGUGGCGUUUGGGACUACUCAGCCAGUAUAAUCGCUAAAUUUGGUGACAAUCGUGAAUUUCUGAUUCCAGAUCGUAACAAAUAUGUUAACACAGAGCAACUUUUUCUGAAAAAUUACAUGAGGUUAUUGAUACACAUUUGUCAUAAGCGUGGUGCUUUGGCAACAGGUGGAAUGGCUGCGAAGGUUCUGCCCUAUGGCAAAAACACUAACAGUUUGGUAGAUGAGAUUACAAAAGGGGUAGAAAAGAUGAAAUUGAAAGAAAUUGAGGCAGGAGUUGAUGGAUUUUUGGUUUAUGAUCUACGGAUAGUCGACGCUAUGAAUGAUCUAUGGCGUAAGAUAUGCCCUGCCGACAACCAAUUGAAUGUUCUUCCUGACAUUGAUGGAUUAACAGCUACCAGUUUGAUAACAAUUCCUGUAGGGGGUGUCACUAUCGAAGGAUUAAACAAUAACAUAAACGUGGCUUUGCUCUUCAUCUACCACUGGUUCACUGGAAGCGGAGUAUUUUACCUAAACGGUGCAGUUGAAGACUCGGCCACGGCGGAAAUAUCUCGUUCACAAAUUUGGCAGUGGGUUCGUCAUCGGGCUCCUAUCGAAGGGAAGGAGGACACCUUUGUGACUCGAUCGUUAGUGUACGCAAUGAUGGAUAGCAUUAUUGCCAGAGCAUACAAAUCAUGGUGCAUUUCUAUACCGGAUCGCAAACGACUGCUUUCAUCGAAAUUCAUACUACUGGAAAUAGUAUCUUCACGCUGUCAUAUUGAAUUUAUCACAACCUAUCUGAACGAUAAUCACAAAUUCAGAACACUACACAACAAAAAUGACAAGCUCGAAUCGAAGCUGUAGCAAAAUGUACAUCCCGAAUGAUAAAGUUAUUUUGUUGUACAACUUUAUAACGGCUGAAUACAGUUUUAAUAAAUAUGAAUACUUCUUCGUUCAAACUAACAAAUAGGAUUUUUUAUAUUUUCAGCUCUGAGUAAAUUCUUAAACAGUUAGUUCAAUAUUAAGUAGGUGGUGGAGUGUUACAAUGUUGCGUCUAUUGUAACACUCGGAUACUAGAGUAAUUUUAUUUUGAGUCACACCCUUUUUGG